AAUAAAAGUAUGCCAUGAGAGCAUUCUUACUGUAACUGUAUCUCAGCGAUUGUUAUCUACCGUUUGUUUUUCCCUCCCUAUCAUCUCCAUCUAAGCCAGAGAGUGAGAGAGAAACAACUAUGGUUUCCUCUUCACUCUCUCCUCUCUCCCACUCUCUCUCUCAAUUUUCUUCCACCAUCCUCACCGUCAGUGAGAAACCCACUGACCGUCCAAAGAAAAUCCAAAUUGGGUGCGGUGUAAAGUCCACAAGUUCUUCGUCUUCGUACCCACCCUGCCGAGUUCUUCGCAGGUCUCUCCCUCUGGCUGCUUCAGUCAUUGUUCUUCUCUCGUCAAAUCCAGCUAAAGCUGGAUUUCUGUCAGGAUCCUCUGGAAUAGAAUCAGUACCGGGUCCUAAGUUACCUGAAAUUGACUUUCUCAAUCGCUUCAACGAAGAAAACCAGAAGAAGUACGCGGAAGCUGAUGCAAGAUUCAAAUCAUCUCCCCUGCUCAAAGAAUACUUAGAGAAAUCCAAGUCGAACAAAGAAAAGAACCGUCGAGAAACCCAGGACAAGUACUGCAUACGUGGGGCAGAAUGGGGUGUGGGAGAUUGUUCAGCAGAGGGAAUGUCACCCGAGGACAGAGAGAAGUUCAUUUUGAUGCUGAAGCAGAAGGCUGGAGUGAAAUGAAUGAAGCUGCUAUAGAGUGUUGCUCAAGCAACUAUUAGGCGAAGAUCGAGUGACAAUUCCGCUGCAAUCUCGCUCGAGUGAGAGUCAAGCAAAGUUUCUGAUACCCGCAAAAUCACAGGUCGGUCUUUCUGAAGCUUUCCUCUUUGGCCCAAACUUCUCUACGAAGCCAUGUGAAAAUUGGUUAUCAAUUAGUUUCUGAGUGAGACAAGUUUCUGUUCAGAGCCUCAUUUGGUAUUAGAUUCUUUUUGAAGGGUAUCUUUCGAAAAGCAAAAUUCCAAUUCUUAAAGGAACUAUGAAACAUGCCAAGCUAUAGAAUUGUAGAACUUUGUUGUUUUUUAUGAUAUUGUGACAUUUUCUCA